AUGUCCCCCGGGGGCAAGUUCGACUUUGACGACGGGGGCUGCUACGUGGGGGGCUGGGAGGCGGGGCGGGCACAUGGCUACGGCGUGUGCACGGGGCCCGGCGCCCAGGGCGAGUACAGCGGCUGCUGGGCGCACGGCUUCGAGUCGCUGGGCGUCUUCACGGGGCCCGGCGGACACAGCUACCAGGGCCACUGGCAGCAGGGCAAGCGCGAAGGGCUGGGCGUGGAGCGCAAGAGCCGCUGGACAUACCGCGGCGAGUGGCUGGGCGGACUGAAGGGGCGCAGCGGCGUGUGGGAGAGCGUGUCCGGCCUGCGCUACGCCGGGCUGUGGAAGGACGGCUUCCAGGACGGCUACGGCACCGAGACCUACUCCGACGGAGGCACCUACCAGGGCCAGUGGCAGGCCGGGAAGCGCCACGGCUACGGGGUGCGUCAGAGUGUGCCCUACCAUCAGGCGGCGCUGCUGCGCUCGCCCCGCCGCACCUCCCUGGACUCGGGCCACAGCGACCCCCCGACGCCGCCCCCGCCCCUGCCCCUGCCCGGCGACGAGGGAGGCAGCCCCGCCUCGGGCUCACGGGGCGGCUUUGUGCUGGCCGGGCCCGGGGACGCCGACGGCGCGUCCUCGCGAAAGCGCACCGCGGCGGCGGGCGGAUUCUUCCGCCGCUCGCUGCUGCUCAGCGGGCUCCGGGCCGGCGGGCGCCGCAGCUCUCUGGGUAGCAAGCGGGGCUCCCUGCGCAGCGAGGUGAGCAGCGAGGUGGGCAGCACAGGACCCCCGGGCUCCGAGGCCAGCGGGCCCCCGGCCCCAGCGCCACCUGCCCUCAUCGAGGGCUCGGCCACAGAGGUGUAUGCGGGCGAGUGGCGCGCCGAUCGGCGCAGUGGCUACGGCGUGAGCCAGCGCUCCAACGGGCUGCGCUACGAGGGGGAGUGGCUGGGCAACCGGCGGCACGGCUACGGGCGCACCACCCGACCCGACGGUUCCCGCGAGGAGGGCAAGUACAAGCGCAACCGGCUGGUGCACGGGGGGCGUGUCCGCAGCCUCCUGCCCCUGGCCCUUCGAAGGGGCAAAGUCAAGGAGAAGGUGGACAGGGCUGUCGAGGGCGCCCGUCGAGCCGUGAGCGCUGCCCGUCAGCGCCAGGAGAUCGCCGCUGCCAGGGCAGCAGACGCCCUCCUAAAGGCGGUGGCAGCCAGCAGUGUCGCUGAGAAGGCUGUGGAGGCAGCACGAAUGGCCAAACUGAUAGCCCAGGACCUGCAACCCAUGCUAGAGGCCCCAGGCCGCAGACGCAGGCAGGACUCAGAAGGUUCCGACACAGAGCCAUUGGAUGAGGACAGCCCUGGGGUGUACGAGAAUGGACUGACCCCCUCAGAGGGCUCACCUGAACUGCCCAGCAGUCCUGCCUCCUCCCGCCAGCCCUGGGGACCCCCUGCCUGCCGGAGCUCACUGCCUCCUAGAGGGGACCGGGGUCCCUUCUCCAGCCCCAAAGCUUGGCCUGAAGAGUGGGGGCACCCAGGAGAGCAGGCAGAGGAACUAGCUGGCUAUGAGGCUGAGGAUGAGGCUGGGAUGCAGGGGCCAGGGCUGAGAGACGGUUCCCCACUCCUUGGAGGCUGCAGUGACAGUUCAGAAAGUCUCCGAGAGGAGGAGGGGGAAGAUGAAGAGCCCUUGCCCCAGCUGAGGGCCCCAGGAGGCUUGGAGCCUGAGCCUGUCACCACACCGGUCCUGAGGGGCCCAUCCUUGUGGGGUCCUGAUGCUGGGUGCCUGAUGGAAGAGCUCGAGGAGGCUGCUGCAACCGAGAGGCCUGCCCAGCCGGGAGCUGCCAACCCCCUGGUGGUGGGAGCCGUGGCCCUCCUGGACCUCAGCCUGGCGUUCCUGUUCUCCCAGCUCCUCACCUGA